AAAUUGAAAAGAUUGGAAAUGUAAACUAACCUUAACCUAAAAAUAUCGCACGUGGAUAGAGAAUAGUGACAGAUAUAAUAAUUUUUAAUAAAUUAUUUAAAGGAAUUCUUCCUUUUAAGGGAAUAAUAUUUAGGCAAAAAUGCAGCACGACGAUGUUGUUUGGAGUAUUAUCAACAAAUCAUUUUGUUCGUUUAAAGUAAAUACAAAAUCACAGAGGUUUUGCCGUAAUGAAUAUAACCUCACCGGUUUGUGCAGUCGUGCUUCCUGUCCUCUGGCCAACAGUCAAUAUGCCACUGUAAGAGAGGAAAAUGGUGUUAUUUUUCUAUACAUGCGAACAGCGGAGAGAGUGCAUUUUCCAAAGGAAAUGUGGGAAAAGGUGAAACUCUCGAGGAAUUUCGAAAAGGCGAUUCAUCAAGUGAACGAAAACCUUCUCUACUGGCCUGGAUUCAUAAAAUCAAAAUGCAAGCAAAGAUUCGUGAAAAUAACGCAAUACCUUAUACGAAUGAGAAAAUUGCGUCUUCGACGUCAGAAGAAAAUUGUACCUCUUCAACGGAAAAUUGAGAGACGAGAGAGGAGGCGAGAGGAGAAGGCUCUUGUUGCCGCGAAACUUGACACUGCAAUUGAAAAAGAAUUGAUGGAGAGGCUCAAGAAAGGAGUGUACAAGGAUAUCUACAACUUCUCUCAAAAGGCCUUUGAAAAGGCAGUUGAAGCAGUUGAAGUGGAAGGCGAAAGCGAAGCGGAAAGUGAAGAAGAGGAGGAGAGGGAGAUCGAAAAAGAAGUCGAAAUGGAAUUGGAAGCUGACGAACGAGAAAUUGAGGAAACUGAACACUACGUCGAGGAUGACGACAGUGACGAUGAUGACGAUUAUCAGUACGAAUCUGACGAUCAAGAAAGUGAUUCCGGACUCAAAGAGAAUGUCGAAGUCUCCAGUGACUUUGAAUCCGAAACGAGCGACAUCGAGGAUAUGGCGCCAUCGACGAGUAGAAAAGUGAAGAAUCCUAGAUUCAAUAAGAAAAGCAAAUUUGACAAGAAAACGAAUUCUCGUCCUAAAGUUGAAAUUGAAUAUGAAAUUGAAAGCGAGCCAAGAGAAAGAGUACGAUCGUAAAUUAUUAUUAUUAAUUGUUGUCUUGUAUUAUAACGAAAUAAAUAAUUUCAUAUUUUUAA